AUGAGUUUCAUGCCAGUGAACCCGCGGCCGAUGCUGCAGGACCUUGUCAACAAGGACAUCGUGGUGCGACUGAAGUGGGGCGAGACCGAGUACAAGGGCAGACUGGUGUCCAUCGACGGCUACAUGAACAUCCAGCUCACCAACGCCCAAGAGUACAUCGACCAGAAGUUCACGAGCGACCUGGGGCAGAUCCUGAUCCGGUGCAAUAACGUAUUAUGGAUUAAGGGCGCGGAUCAGGGCGAGAGUGCCGAUACGAAGAUGGAGGGAUAG